AUGUGUGAUGCCAUUAACAACUACUGUUCUUCGUUUACGAUUGCCUCCAAGCCCUUGAAGCAGCUGAUUUUCGUAUUUCGGGGCACCAAGUCUGGCGCACAGUUAUUGUUCGAGGCAGUGCAGUCAAUCAGAGGAGUCAAGAAAUAUGGUACUUCGGGCAUGGUGAACCGAUACUUCUCGCAUGCGUUAAAAACAAUUUGGCCAGGAGUUGAGAUAGUUCUGAAAAAUCCAGAUUUUAAGACAUAUACAGCUACAUUUACUGGACAUUCGUUAGGAGGCGCUCUGGCAGCACUUGCUGCACUUCGUACUGUAGACGAACAUUUGCGCCCAAGCGAUAAAGUGAAGCUCAUAACUUUCGGACAACCGCGUAUUGCUGACUAUAGUCUUGCAAGGCACUAUGACGUCGCCGUUCCCUACAGCUUUCGGGUUGUCAAUGAGCUGGAUAUUGUGGCACACUUGCCAUCUUGUCAAAAGAACGAAAGCUAUCCUGGGAAAAGCAAACCCUGCCUGGCUAAAAGUGGCUCACCGUACCAUCACGGCACUGAAGUCUGGUACCCAAGUGGAAUGCGCAAGGGCGCGAAUUAUCGUGAGUGUUUGGGUCCUCCAGAGGAUGAAGAUUUCCAAUGCAGCGACCAGUUCACA